CACUCACUCAAACUGCCAAAAUUCCUCAGCAGCGUUUAUCCUCGAAAGUACCAGGAGAGCUUCUGUUGUUUCAGGACAGACUGGGAAGUGGCCAAACAAUGGACACGGAGAGCGCUUUUUACCGCUGAAUGUUCACGGAACGGGACUGAUGUUUUGCAAAGACUACUGCUGCUCCUGCUGCACGGACCGGGCCGUGGAGCCACAAGGCGAAGAGAAGGACAGCAGAAGUAAAAGAGACGGCGCACCACAAAGGAGGGCAAAGCAGGACGCGUGUGUGCAGAGAAGCAGUGCCCUAGAUCUGAAUAACAUCUGAGUUACUCUGUCAUCCAGGCUCCUUUCAUGCUGUUUCGGGCAGCAGUUUCUCAACCUGCACCUGGAAAAACAAAGGGAAUGCGUUCAGUGGCAGCACAUCUCCGUGCGUAAAUGGAGACGCAUCAGCGCGUACUCGCUGUACUUUUUCAUUAUGCGUGCAAUAAAUGAUGUUUGUUUUGUCACUAACUCAUGUCGUGUCCCAUGACUCACUGGUAUAGAUGCAUUAUAGACUUCCCCAUACUUCAUAUCUGCCAUGAGUGAUGGCGAUGCCUGCAGAAUCUGACAGUACCGGUGCGCAGAGCAGCACUCGUGAAAAAAGCUUCAGCGCACCGGAUCGCAAUGGUUAUGUGAAAACAUGUGUCAUCCCACUGUGCCGUGACCGAGAUUACGAAUCGUGGGUGAGGCUAAUGUUCACAAAAAUAUGGAGUUCCCAGAGACUCCGGAGUGCGGUGUGUGUGGGGUCGCUUUCGGUUUUUCUCGCUCUGUUGGUCAAAUGUGCAGACUGGAAAGCUGAAGCCAGCAGCAGCAGCAGCAGCAGCGCUGACAACACACACUCGCAUUCAUCGUCUCCCCUUCACUUCGUUUCAGGCUGCGCGGCGGAGCUGUUGCAAACUUGCUGGAGUGUUGUUUCCCCAUUGUUCACCCUUGUAUGUGCCUUCUUCUGGGUCGGUGUCUACUUAAUCCGCUGCGGAGUUCUAAUCCAGACCGCCCUCUCCCUCCUAACCUUGUGCCACCUGGGCGAAGCAGCGGCGUGGUCUCUCCUGGACGGGACAGAUGAGCAGCUGUUUUCAUUCACGACAGCAGCCGUGGUCGUGCUCAUCUGCGUGGCCACCGGCGCACUCAUGGUAGCGCGGCUGAAUCAGGGCAUAUCUGUGAUCGUUUUCAUCAGCCUAGUCAGGACUAUCUCACUCUUUUCGCUGCACAAAGUACGGGCCACUUGGAGACCGUACGUAGCGUACCUGGUUGGAGUGCUGGGCAUCCUGCUGGCGAGGUAUGCUGACAAGCUCCUUCCCAACCAAGGGAGACACAAGGAGGGCUGCACCCCCGUGACUGGAGCCAGGGAAGAGAUCCCUGUAUUUAAAAGGCGCAGGAGGUCCAGUUCUGUGAUAGCCUCAGACAUGGCACACAGUCAGUCCAACAGUAAGUCACAUCGCCGGACCUCUCUGCCAUGCAUCCAGAGGGACCAGAUGCUCCCCCGCUCCGAUUGGGACCACAAGAGAGGCUCCCGAGGAUCACAGUCAUCCGGCACCACUGUCAUGGUAGACAUAGCAGUGAUGGGAGAAGCCCACGGACUGAUCACAGACCUGCUGGCUGACCCCUCUCUGCCCCCCAACACCUGCACCUCACUACGGGCCGUCAGCAACCUGCUAACCACCCAGCUCACCUUCCAGCCGCUGCACCGGCCACGCCCUGCUCCCCUGCUUAACCCAAGUGAUGCCUACACCUUAUCCGACUCAGAGGAGGGUCCUGAGAAAGGAGAGAAGACGUCCAUUCACAAGCGUCUGAGGCGGAGUCUCCACCCUGGUCUUCUGAGGAGGAUCUCUUCCACGUGGACCACCACCACCUCCGCCACAGGCCUGCCCACCAUCGAGCCCGGGCCCGUGCGAAGGGACCGCAGCGCUAGCAUCAAACCCUACCAUGAAGCACUCACAUGCAGCUGUGGGAGACCGUACAUCAGACUGAGCCAUGGGGAGGGCUCUAUGGACAAGGGAGACAGGAUACCACGGUCAGCAGAGGACCAAGUGGUGGCGUCAUCAGACUAUGACAGCACCCACGAAGCCAACCACAGUGACAGCAGUGAUGUAGCACAUACAGAGGAGGACACAGAGGAAGGAAAAAACCCUGCCCAGAAUGUCAUCCUGCACCCACUAAUACCUCCUGAGGACAAACCCAUGCUGGCUCCUGAGCCAUUAGUAAUGGAGGACUUAGAGCCUUUCAUGAGUCAGCUAAAUAAUUGGAACUUCCCCAUCUUCAAUUUGAUGGAGAAGACCAACGGGAAAUGUGGACGCAUCCUCAGUCAGGUCUCCUACAGGCUCUUUGAAGACACUGGCCUGUUUGAGACCUUCAAUAUCCCCGUAAAAGAAUUCAUGAACUACUUCCAUGCCCUUGAGAAUGGUUACAGAGACAUACCAUAUCACAACAGGGUCCACGCCACAGAUGUGCUGCAUGCAGUCUGGUACCUCACCACGCAGGCUGUGCCUGGUCUGCCCAGCCUCAUUACUGACCACGGCUCUGCCAGUGACUCAGACUCCGACAGUGGAAUAACACACAGUCAUAUGGGCUUCCUGGUUUCAAAGACCUACACUGUGUCAGAAGACGGUUACGGCUGCCUGUCAGGCCUCAUACCUGCUCUGGAGCUCAUGGCCCUUUAUGUGGCUGCCGCAAUGCACGACUAUGACCACCCCGGUCGGACCAAUGCUUUCCUGGUGGCCACCAGCGCCCCACAGGCAGUGCUCUACAACGAUCGAUCCGUUCUGGAGAACCACCAUGCUGCAUCGGCCUGGAAUCUCUUCAUGUCGCAGCCAGAGUUCAACUUCCUCGUCAACCUGGACCACGGGGAGUUCAAGCGUUUCCGUUUCCUGGUCAUUGAGGCCAUAUUGGCCACUGAUCUGAAGAAGCACUUCGACUUCCUGGCUGAGUUCAACGCCAAGGUGGGUGAUGAUCCAUCCACAGGUAUUGAUUGGGGUAACGAGAACGACAGGUUGCUGGUGUGCCAGAUGUGCAUUAAACUGGCUGACAUCAACGGGCCUCUGAAGUGUAAGGACCUGCAUCUGCAGUGGACAGAGGGCAUCGUCAACGAGUUCUAUGAACAGGGCGAUGAGGAGUCCAGCCUGGGCCUGCCCAUCAGCCCCUACAUGGACCGAUCGGCACCACAGUUGGCCAAACUCCAGGAGUCGUUCAUCACGCACAUCGUGGGACCGCUCUGUAACUCCUACGAUUCAGCCAGCCUCAUGCCCGGACGAUGGGUGGAGCCCAACCCGGAGGCAGAGGAGCCGGAGAUCACAGAGACUGAGGAGGAGGAGGAGGAUGAGGAGGACACUGCGGAGGAAGACUCGUCCACCAGCUCAGAGGCGUCACAGAAAGCAACUCCCAAGAAGAGAAGGAAAGCUUUCUGCCAGAUCACCCACCACCUGCUGGAGAACCACGAGAUGUGGAAGAAGGUGAUCGCAGAGGAGGCCCAGAAACAGCCGCAAGGAGCCGAAUCCGUCCAUUUAAACAAUGUAGCUGAGCCAAUCCUGGCUAUCCAUGAGGAGGAAGAGGAGCCAGGCAGCAGAGAGGAGCUAGUAGAAGGAGAGGAUCCGGAGGAGGCAGUGGAGGUACCGGAGUGGCCCGUGUCUCCGCAGGAAGACUCUAAACCUCCGGAGGAACUAGCGGAGGGGGACCCACAGUGAAACAGCCCAUGGGAAAUAUGGCGACAGUCAGGGCCAGGACGUGAAGAAGUAUUUCUUGAUUUCUUAUCCUAUCAACUGACUCCUGUCUUUGCCAGCACAUCACUUAGACACAACACUGUAGAUGUUUGGGAAAUGUGUGCCUAUUAUAGAAAAAAAACAGGGUGGGAAAAUUUGUGCUUUACACAUUUUAUCUGAAUAUCUGGUUUCACCAAACAUUUAAAGGAGCUUUCCAUAUUGCAAUACAGGAUUAUUUGUGUACUUUGGGAUACAGACUCUUUUGCUACUGUCAAGAGAAGAGGAAGACUGCUUGCACAGACCUCAACCCAAUGUGGUAACACAGGACUGCAGAAAUUUGCUGCCAGUUUAUACAUAAUUAUUUUCUGAAUGCAAUUAUAUAUAGACAUCACAGUUACUUGUACUUGUGUUUCAAUUUUAGCAAGGGUUUUUUGAGGUCUCACAUGGACCAUGAUAUGUUU